UUGUUUUUGUGAGUUAAAUUUGUCGUGCAUGUUGUUUUUGUGAGUUAAAUUUCAUGUCAGUUUGUAGUGAUUGUAAGUCAUGUUUUCUGCCCAGCAAUUUUGUGCGGUCAAGUUUAAAUUUGUGCGGUCAAGUUUAAGUUUGUGCGGUCAAGUUUAAGUUUGUGCGGUCAAGUUUAAGUUUGUGCGGUCAAGUUUAAGUUUGUGUGGUAAAGUUUAAGUUUGUGCGGUCAAGUUUAAGUUUGUGCGGUCAAGUUUAAGUUUGUGCGGUCAAGUUUAAGUUUGUGCGGUCAAGUUUAGUUUGUGCGGUCAAGUUUAAGUUUGUGCGGUCAAGUUUAAAUUUGUGUGGUCAAGUUUAAGUUUGUGCGGUCAAGUUUAAGUUUGUGCGGUCAAGUUUAAGUUUGUGCGGUCAAGUUUAAGUUUGUGUGGUAAAGUUUAAGUUUGUGCGGUCAAGUUUAAGUUUGUGCGGUCAAGUUUAAGUUUGUGCGGUCAAGUUUAAGUUUGUGCGGUCAAGUUUAAGUUUGUGCGGUCAAGUUUAAGUUUGUGCGGUCAAGUUUAAAUUUGUGUGGUCAAGUUUAAGUUUGUGCGGUCAAGUUUAAGUUUGUGUGGUCAAGUUUAAGUUUGUGUGGUCAAGUUUAAGUUUGUGUGAUCAAGUUUAAGUUUGUGCGGUCAUGUUUAAGUUUGUGCGGUGAAGUUUAAGUUUGUGCAGUCAAGUUUAAGUUUGUGCAAUCAAGUUUAAAUUUGUGCGGUCAAGUUUAAGUUUGUGCGAUCAAGUUUAAGUUUGUAUGGUUAAGUUUAAGUUUGUGUGGUCAAGUUUAAGUUUGUGCAGUCAAGUUUAAGUUUGUGCGGUCUAGUUUAAGUUUGUGCGGUCAAGUUUAAGUUUGUGUGGUCAAGUUUAAGUUUGUGCCGUCAAGUUUAAGUUUGUGCGGUCAAGUUUAAGUUUGUGCGGUCAAGUUUAAGUUUGUGCGGUCAAGUUUAAGUUUGUGCCGUCAAGUUUAAGUUUGUGCGGUCAAGUUUAAGUUUGUGCGGUCAAGUUUAAGUUUGUGCAGUCAAGUUUAAGUUUGUGUGGUCAAGUUUUAUAUCUGUGAAAUACAUAUAUAUCUUUUUUAUAAAUUCCUUUGAGAUAGAAUUGAAAUAGAUAUAAUUGAUAAAAGAAAUGUAAUACUCUAACACUAACAACCGAAUACAUUAUGUAACAGAAAAUAUGAUAAAAAAUGGGUUUAUACAGGAGGGCCCCGUUUAUACGGCAGGUUAUACAGGAUGGUUCCACUUACACAGCAGGUUAUACAAGAUGGCCCCACUUAUACAGCAGGUUAUACAAGAUGGCCCCACUUAUACAGCAGGUUAUACAAGAAGGCCCCACUUAUACAGCAGGUUAUACAAGAAGGCCCCACUUAUACAUAAGGUUAUACAAGAAGACCCCACUUACACACCAGGUUAAACAAGAGGCCCCGCUUAUACAGCAGGUUAUACAAGAUGGCCCCACUUAUACAGCAGCUUAUACAAGAAGGCCCCACUUAUACAGCAGGUUAUAUAAGAAGGCCCCAUUUAUACAGCAGGUUAUACAAUAAGGCCUCACUUAUACAGCAGGUUAUACAAUAUGGCCCCACUUAUACAGCAGAUUAUACAGGAUGGCCCCACUUAUACAGCAGCUUAUACAAGAAGGCCCCACUUAUACAGCAGGUUAUACAAGAGGCCCCUGUUUAUAUAGCAGGUUAUACAGGGGCCAUAUUUAUACAGCAGGUUAUGCAGGAUGGCCCCACUUAUAGAGCAGGAUAUACAGGAAGGGCCCACUUAUACAGCAGGUUAUACAAGAGGGUCCCAGUUAUACAGCAGGUUAUACAACAGACCCCUGAUAAUACAGCAGGUUAUACAGGAGGGCCCUGCUUAUACAGCAGGUUUUAUAGGAUGGCACCACUUAUACAGCAGUUUAUUUAGGAAGGCCACACUUAUAAGGCAGGUUAUACAGGAAGGCCCCACUUAGAGAGCAGGUUACACAAGAGGGCCCUGUUUAUACAGCAGGUUAUACAAGAGUGUGCCACUUAUACAGCAGGUUAUACAGGAUGGCCUCGCUUAUACAGCAGUUUAUACAAGAUGGCCCCGAUUAUACAGCAAGUUAUGCAAGAGAACCCCGCUUAUACAGCACAUUUUACAUGAGGCUGCUGCUUAUACAGCAGGUUAAACAGGAAGGCUCCACUUAUACAACAGGUUAUACAGGAAUGCCUCCACUUAUACAGCAGGUUAUACAAGGGGGCCCCACUUAUACAGCAGGUUAUACAAGAGAGCCCCACUUAUACAGCAGGUUAUACAGAAGGGCCCCACUUAUACAGCAGGUUAUACAGAAGGGCCCCACUUAUACAGCAGGUUAUACAGAAGGGCCCCACUUAUACAGCAGGUUAUACAGGAGAGCCCCACUUAUACAGCAGGUUAUACAGAAGGGCCCCACUUAUACAGCAGGUUUCAGAAGGGCCCCACUUAUACAGCAGGUUAUACAGGAGAGCCCCACUUAUACAGCAGGUUAUACAGAAGGGCCCCACUUAUACAGCAGGUUAUACAGAAGGGCCCCACUUAUACAGCAGGUUAUACAGGAGAGCCCCACUUAUACAGCAGGUUAUACAGGAGAGCCCCACUUAUACAGCAGGUUAUACAGAAGGGCCCCACUUAUACAGCAGGUUAUACAGGAGAGCCCCACUUAUACAGCAGGUUAUACAGAAGGGCCCCACUUAUACAGCAGGUUAAACAGGAGAGCCCCACUUAUACAGCAGGUUAUACAAGAGUUCCCCACUUAUACAACAGGUUAUACAGAAGGGCCCCACUUAUACAGCAGGUUAUACAGAAGGGCCCCACUUAUACAGCAGGUUAUACAAGAGUUCCCCACUUAUACAGCAGGUUAUACAGAAGGGCCCCACUUAUACAGCAGGUUAUACAGGAGAGCCCCACUUAUACAGCAGGUUAAGUUCCCAGAUACUGCUGUAAAGUGAGUUAUAGUUUUUUUUUACUUCUAAAUGCAUAUAAAAGCUGUUAACACGUUUAUAUUAUCAUAGAUUAAGUGAGCAGUAAAGGUAGGCCUAUAAAAUUCAUUUAUAGCACACAUAUUACUUAAAAUAUUUUCAUCCUUAUAGUAAGUGUAAAGUGAACCACUACUAUAAUUUAUAUGUGAUAAUUAUCUGGAACUUUCUGCAACUUAUAUCAGCCUCAUGUACUACAAGUGUCUUUUUUGGCAUCAUUUUUCCCUUCAAGAAACUCGAGUAAUUAGUUGACAUACAUGAAUAGUUAAGAGAAUCUCUUUCCUUAAGUAAUUUAUUCCAUAAUUGUGUCUGCUAGAUGGAUCUAUAAUUUCCUGACAAACACAACACCAAGGUAACAGUAAACAGAGUAAAAAUUGAGGCGGCUACAGUGAAAAGUUGUUCCACAAGGCACAGUACUCUCCCCCAUACUGUUCCUCAGCCUCAUAUCUGACAUAGACAGAGAUGUCAGCCACAGCACCGUAUCUUCCUUCGUGGAUGACAAACAAAUUUGCAUGACAGUGUCAUCAAUCGAUGACACUGAAAGACUCCAAGCAGACAUCAACCAAAUCUUACAAUGGGCAACAGAAACAAUAUGAAGUUUAGUGAAGAGAAAUUUUAAUUACUCCGAUAUGGAAAAUUCGAUGAAAUUAAAAGUGUAUCGGAGUAAAACAAAUUCCAAUCAUACAAUAGAGCGAAAAACUAAUGUGAAGGACCUGGAAGUGUUAAUGUCAGAGGAUCUCAAAUUCAAGGAUCACAAUAAUGUAUCUACCACAUCUACUAGGAAAAUGAUAGGAUGGAUAACGAGAACCUUCAAAACUAAGGAUACCAAGCCCAUGAUGAUUCGUUUCAAAUUGCUUGUUCUCUCUAGGCUGGAAUAUUACUGCACACUAAUGGCCCUUUUCAAAGCAGGCGAAAUUGCAGAAUGUCCAGAGAACUUUCAUGGCAUGUGUAAGUACGAUAAAGCACCUAAUUUACUAGAACGAUACAUAACAAUAUACAUCUGGAAAAUCCUAGAGGGCUAGUCCCCAAAUUUGAGCACGAAAAUCACUUCCUACGAAAGCAAAAGACUCGGUAGUGAUGCAAUAUUCCCCAAUGAAAAGCCGGGGCGCCACGAGCACACUGAGAGACAACACAAUUAGUGCCAGAGGCCCAAGACUGUUCAACUGCCUCCCAGCAUACAUAAGGGGGAUUACCAAUAGACCCCUGACUGUCUUCAAGAAGGUGCUGGUAAGGCACCUUAAGUCAGUACCUGGCCAGCUGUGGUUCGUACGUCAGCUUGCUUGCGGCCAACAGUUACACCCUGGUUGAUCAGGCUCUGGUCUACCAUGAGGCCUGGUCACAGACCGGGCCGCGGGGACGCUGAUACUCGAAACCCUCUCCAGGCAUACCUUAAAAUAUUUCGUCCUUAGCUUAUAGUGAUUGGUGAAUAUAUUUACUGUAGCAAGUCUGAAUAAAUAAAGAAGACUUGUAGGUGAAAACUGCUGUAUUAACGAAACAAUGUCAAGUGAAGCGCUGUAAACCGGAGCAGCUUGUUUUUCAAUGUUAUGUUUGAAACUCCAGUGAUGGUGAUCAUCUGCAGUGUUGCAGAACCAACAUAAUACUACACUUAUAUAAACAAGGCUUAAAUAAAAUAUAAUUUUCUUUAUUUUAUAUACAUUCACUUUAAUUUCUCUAAGUCAAAAAUGCAAUGCACUACAGUAACCAUGUAUAGUGAUACAGUAUUGUAAUGUGUUGUAGCAAAGUUUAAGGGGAUAUUAAUAAGGUCUUUAAGGGGAUAUUAACAAGGUCUUUAAGGGGAUAUUAAUAAGGUCUUUAAGGGGAUAUUAAUAAGGUCUUUAAGGGGAUAUUAAUAAGGUCUUUAAGGGGAUAUUAAUAAGGUCUUUAAGGGGAUAUU